AUGAUACGAUGCGCAAUGGUUUUAGGCGUAUCGCCAAAAAUCAAGGACGACGCAUCGUUGCAAGUGUUGUAUUUCCUCCCAAGUUCGACAUAUAUUGAUUUAUAUGUAGAUUUGGAGGUGGCGGGUACUUCUAGGUCCCAUUUGGAAGUAGGGACAAGUAGUGGUAGACCGAAUGUGGAGAAUGUCGAUUAUAUGGAAGAUGAUGAUGUGGGUGGACCGUUUAUGGAGGAUGGCGAUCACAUGGAAUAUGAUCACGGUGAAGAUGAUGAGGACUACACAUCGAUAAGUGAUCAAAGCGAUGAAAACCAAUCAAUAUCCGAAGGAAGUCGGGAGAGUGAUGAAGAGGUCGAAGACAAAUUCGCCACAAAGGAUAGGCACAUAUAUCGUUCACAGGGUACGUGGGAUCAUACAAAAGUGGACAAGGAUGAUUUUCAACUUACCAUGUGGGAUGGGACAACCGCAACAAUUGGGAUAGGGACUUGUUUCAAGAAUAAGGAAGAAGCAAAAAAUGGUAUUGCAGCGUGGAACAUAGAGCAAAAGAGAGAGUUUUAUGUGAAGGAAAGUGAUGGUUCAACAUGGUCUAUUUGGUGCAAAUCCCUAAAAGAGUCAACCCUAAGGGUUAUGUUCCUUGCCGUUGGAAGGUACGUGCCUCCUUGA